AUGUCCCCUGAAAGGUGCAACCGCCGCAAGAACGACGGCGCCGAUAAGCGCAGCGCCCCAAACCGCCCGCAGCCGCGCGAUGCCGUCUCAGACGGGACCGACGAGGGUCAGGCCAACCCUUCGGCAGCCGGUCAAGAGGGUGAUACGAGCCACAGCGGAGGCGGUGGCCAGAGCGCCGCCGCCGGCGAUGGUGAUGCGGGCGGGGAUGCUGCAGACGAGGAAAUGCUGCAAUUAAUAGUGGUGAACGAAGACGGCAACGAGGUCGUCUUCAAGGUGUUUAUGAGCACGGGGAUGGACAAGCUCAUCCAUGCGUACUGCGACAGGAAGAAUGAGAAGCUGCACCGCUUGACGUUCCAGAGCCCAGGGGGCACGGUGCACCUUGAGGACACGGCAUGGCAGCUGGGGCUGAAGAGGUGCUACGCAAAGCACGUGCUGGAGUACCCUCUGCUGAAGCUGCCGCUGCCGGGGCGGCAGCUGACCCUCCAUUUGGGAGACCCCACUAGCCCCGAGCUGCCGUCGUUGCGGUUUGAGGUCAUGGAGGACAUGCCCCUGUUUGACGUGGUGGACGCGUACCGCGCCGCCCUGGCGUCCAACAAUCCACUUGAUCCCAUGGCGUUCAGCCGCGGCGCGGCGCUCGACCUGCAGUUGUCUGCCGCAGCGCAGCACCUGGCUGAUGGGGACUGGCUGGACGUGAUUGACAGCCUGGACUUUCGCCAAACUUUACUCAUUGAGACGCUCAUCGUCCCAGAGGCCGACUCGAGCCUGCACAAGCUGCUAGAGGGCGGCGCCGACCCCCUUGGCCACUGCGGCGUCCUGAACCCCAUGAUGGUCGCGGCCAGCAUCAACAACGUGGAUGCGGUGUGCCGGCUGCUAGAGGCGAUUGAGCGGCGCACGGCGGACCCGGAAGUUUCUGAGGACCCGCGCCUGCAGGUGAGCCGCCGCGGCUGA